UGACAUUGAACGUCUGUUGACACAUGCACCUUACAAUCGCAUGUACUAUUAAUUAUUAGGAUUAUUCGCAGCACAUAAAAGCCUCUGAAUCACAAACUGAUAUAUAACACAUUCAUGAAGAAAAAUUGAAUAGUAUAUUUUUGUAGCACGAUGAAAACAACAACUGAGAAAUUACUCAACGAGAGUCAGAUUGGAGAUAUUGCUAAGGAUACUCCAUACCAAGUUUCAAGGACUGCUGAAUAUACUGUCACCAGUAUUGUUACUAUGAUUUUUUUCGUAUAUUGUAUUCGAGUUACUCACCAAGAUAAUUUACUCAAAAGUGCAGUCGAUGUUGGCAUAAUGACGUCACUUUUCUACUUGACGAUGGCGAUUUGCGGGCUGUUAAUCCGAGUGUGCAAUUUCUUCGCGGAAAUUCAAUUCAUUGACAUCCAUUAUGAUAGUCAAUUAACAAAUGUGUUGAAGGCCACAUUUGACUUUAAUGGUCCAUCCUUAUGUCUAACGUUCGUUUGUUUGAUGGCUUUGAGUGCCUACUCUGUGAAGGAAGGCAACCCGGUGGUUCUGGCGUGGUCCCAUGGGCCUUUCCCAUGUUUUUUAGCAUUUGCACUGUCUUAUAUUUUAAUCCACGUCGUUGAUCUAAAUGAAACAAAGCACAUGACUGCUCGAACUAUUCGUUCGAUGGCAGGUGCUGAUUAUGGAGGAGGUAUGGCAUUCAGCUAUUUUUACGGAUAUCUGAAAAUUAUUUUGCCAGGACUGCGUAAAAAAAUGGAGAUCUAUGAAGGAGAACAAGGUGUUACUAUACCAGUUAAAAAGAUGUUUAUACUUAUUCCAAGAUCUGGGCACAUACCACCGGAUCUCUGCGAUGCCUCGCAUCAAUGGCUUGAAGGCACUACUAACUUGGAACACAUUGUAACAGAUAGAGCUGGAGUGAAAAGAAGGAAUUACAAAAAUACUGUUUACAAGAUUCAUCCCAAUGGUCUGGGGAAAGGUCAUCGGCCAAUUUAUGUGGUAACAGAAGGUGCAACACCGAUGUUAACUUUUUGGGAGAUAUUGAGUCAUGAUCAUAGACAAACCGCGACGUUCAAACAAAAUAAAAUGCAAAUUAUUUCUGCAUUUUAUAAGGUUCUUAGUGAACUGAUUGACAAUGAUCCUGAGUGUCAAGAUGUUUGUGAAUUAAUUUAUUACAAAGAUUAUGAAAACGGAAGUAAAAUUAACGUAGCAGAGAUACUUCUUAACAGGAUUCAAGUACAAGCCUCAUUGUCCUAAUCGGUCUCUUCACUCACAUGUACUUGAAGAUCAAAAAAUCUCUCAUUGUUGUCAUCAUUAAUUAACUUUUAUACCCGCGGUUUUUUCAAAUAAAAAGUUGUUCAUAGAGGGAAAGGUUCAACAUUCAUUAGUUUCAGCGAAUCUUAGAUGAAAACGAACUGUAUUAUUUGAUAAGAAGUCACGUGGAACACCACGUGUUCUUUUUCUCUUUAUUUUCCAUUAUUAUCAUUUCAUUUUUUUUUUCAUUCUGAAUUGUUUGAUAGUGUUGACACAUAGUGAGCAGAGUAUCUCCAAAAGACGAGGAAAAUUAUUGCCCUUACUUCACGCAUGCAUGUUUCAUUUAUCCAAAGUUCUGUUACAAGUUGGGCUUAUAUCCUCUAUGGAUAAGACAGAAUGGAUUUUGUGAAUUUCUUUGAUUGAUAAACAUUAUUAUACGAUCGGAGUAUACAAUAUAGCUGGAUUGCGAAAACAAUAUAAUGCAAUAAUCAAAUUUCAAAGUGUGUGUCUAUUAAUUUCCCCUUCAUCCUUUCUUCCGGUUAAUUAUUUCAAUUUUCCAAUCAAGAUGAAUUUUCUUUCUCAUUAUGUAUUGUAUGAUGACAAUUUCAGAUCACCCAGAGGAUUUACUCAACUGAGGUGAGGAAAUGGUCAUCAUUUAGACUCAUAUGAUCAGUAAAAUUUAUUUCAUGAAGUGGAAAAUUCUUAAGGGACUCCGCGAAGUAUUAUUUCCGCCGGAGUAUCAAUAAAAUAGGAAAUUGUUUGAGAAAAAUCAAUGACAUUCUUCUAGCAAAAUUUAAUGAAUACAAAGAAUGUAUGUUCAUGGUAUAGACAUGAUAAACAUUUGCGUGUCCAGCCACCAGCGUGUGAGAUCAAUACUGUGGGGAAACGAGGAAAAUAAUAUUCAUAUAAAUAUACAGGACAUGAAGUCAUAACUAUCAUGAGUAGUGCAACAAUUCAAAGUACAAAAAAAAGUUGACAGUCUUUGCUGCUUUUUAUUUAUAAUCAUUAAACCUAAUUGAAAUAUAUUUUGUUAAAUAAGUACGCAGGUUGUCACUGGAAGCACACAAGAUAUGAUUUCAUAGUGAAUAAAAAUUGAAGAAAAAAAAACCAAAAAAAAAUAUCAAGAAACAAAA